AUGGGAAAAGCGAAGAGAAAUUUCAAUAAGAAAAGAAAAGAGAGUGAAGAGGAACAAGAAGAAGAUGCUUAUGGACAGUUAGUUUCUUGUUUCAGAAAUAGGAAAAGUAAUAAUUCUUUUGUUGAAAGUGAUGAUGAUGUUGAUAGUGAUGAUGAUAUGUCUAAUAACAGUGAAAUUAGUGAAACAAUUUCCAAUAGUACUCUAGUAGAAGAAACUAAAAGAAAAUUAAGUAAUGAUGAUUAUAUAAGUGGGGAUGAAGAUGAAUCAGAAAAUGAUAGUGUGGAUUUAGAAGAGCCACAAAUAGAAAAUGAUGUGGAUGCAAGUGAUCCCUUUAUAAAGCACUUACAAUAUGACUUAGAUGAUGGAUUACUUGUUUCUUUAUCAAGCAUGCCACCCACAGAGAAGCAAAUAACAAAAACUUGGCAAAUUUUAGGAAAUCUAACUAUUAUUAUUCCUCAGCCUGUUGAAAGAUUGGCUAAAAAAGCAAGUCCGAAAUUUUCUUUAUUAGAAGAGAAAACAUAUGCACCUUUAGCAAUAGUACCUCAUGUGUAUAAUUAUGUUAAUUGGGAUGAUCUAUUUAUAAAAUCUCAGAUUCGUGGGAAUAUUGUAUCAGCAAAUAAAAAAAAUCUAAUAAAGAGGGAUUUAGACCUUACUGAAAUGCUAACUCCAUUGCAAAAGGAAAUAUUUUCAGUGAUAAAUAAUUACCAAGAUUUGUAUUACCCAGAACGAUCAUUUACUAAUGCAGAUGAAAUUCGGUUUAUUUACUGCUUACAUGUUGUUAAUCACAUGUUAAAGACAAGAACAAAAAUUUUACAUCAUAAUGCAAAAUUAGUUAAGAAAUCUGAGGUACCUGAUGACUAUAGGGACCAGGGGUUAGUAAGACCCAAGGUAUUUUUAGUACUCCUCAAAAGAGGCUUCCUGGUACUUAUAUUACUUCCAUUCAAAGAUGCAGCUUACCGAGUUGUAAAGACUCUCAUAGAUAUUGUUGUGCCAAAAGAAGCAGGACAAGUGGUUAAUAAAAACAGGUUUGAGGAAGAUUUUACGGGAGGUGAAUUAAUAAUGCCCAGUAAAAACCCAAAGCCAGAAGAUUACGAACUACUGUUUAGUGGAAAUACUGAUGAUACAUUCAGAUUAGGAAUGACUUUAACCAAGAAAACUUUAAAGCUGUACACAGAUUUCUAUGCGUCGGAUAUCCUAAUAGCAUCACCUCUCGGCCUCCGUAUGAUAGUAGGCGCUGAGGGGGAAGAAGACCGGGACUACGACUUCCUCGCGUCCAUAGAGUUACUUGUGAUAGACCAGGCAGAUGUCUGUUAUAUGCAAAAUUGGGAGCACUUACUCCAUAUUUUAGAUCACUUCCAUUUACAACCUAAGAAAACUCACGGCACCGAUUUUUCAAGGGUACGCUCGUGGGCUGUUAAUGGAUGGACUAAAUAUUAUAGGCAAACACUGCUAUUUUCAUCUAUUACGUUACCUGAAAUAAAGUCCGUGAUGAACAGGAAAUGCCAGAACUAUGCUGGCAAAGUGUUUGUUGCGAAUGUUCCCGAUGUAGGUAGCGUCCAACAAGUGUUAGUGCAAGUUCCUCAGCUCUUCCACAGAUUCAACGCAUCGAGUCCUCUCGCAGCAGUGGACGCCAGGUUCGAGUACUUUAUAAAAGAGAUACUUCCAAAACAGCGCGACACGCUCAUGAGCCACACCCUCAUCUACGUGCCGAGCUAUUUUGAUUUUGUACGAAUAAGGAAUUACUUCAAGAAGGAAGAUAUCGGCUUUGUCCAGAUAUGCGAAUAUUCGAAGGAUCCGAAAAUAGCCCGAGCAAGGGAUAUGUUCUUCCACACUGAAGCUCACUUCUUGUUAUAUUCGGAGAGAGUGCACUUCUUCAGGAGGUUCCGUAUCAAGGGGAUUCGUCACAUCAUAUUUUACCAACCUCCGACAUAUCCACAUUUCUAUUCGGAAAUGUGUAAUCUCAUGCAAGAAAGCAAUCAGAACAAAUAUGGCGGCAGUGACUGCAACAUGACAGUGACAGUUCUGUACUGUAAGUACGACAUGCAGCGCGCCGCGGCGCUGCUCGGCGCGGCGCGCGUCGCACGCAUGGCCGCGUCAGACAAAUCUGUACAUAUGUAUGUUACUGGCGAC